CUGAUUAUCCAUGCAUAUAAUGAAUAUGUGAGCCUGUAGUGAGUGGUCUUGUGUUUUUCCCCACUUCAUGUCCUAGUGUGUAGGCUUCUUUUUAAAUAGUGUUUUUUGUUGUUAUUGGAUAAGAUAAUGUUUUCUGCCAGGAGCGCGCCUCAAUAAAAACAUGACAAGGAGCUUGCUGUGAUCGUCGAGAGUGAGUGCGCGUCAACUUGACUGCGCCGUAUGCGCGCGCUACUCACAAGAAUGCGUGUCUGCUCGGCUUAUUUCUCUCCACCUUUCAGAUGAGGAAGGGCUAUAUAGGGAGAAGGGGAAGAGGUCGUUUCGGGAAAUAAAUUAGCUUCAAAACCACAGAAAGCAGCCACGGGUGGGAUGCUUUGGAUUGGCAAAGGGGCAGAGCAGAUACUAUAAUAAAUUAAACCCGAGUCAAUCCCGUUCCAACGGGCAGCGUUAUAAUCAUACCAAGGUCAAUACACCGAACGAGCGCACAAACCCACGUCAUUUAACGUCUUAGGCUGGGUACUGAAUUCGGAUACGGGGAAAUCACCACCAGAAGCUGAAGAUGGAGGGGGUGAUGCAGGGGAUGCAAGCUUACGGAGCGGGGAAGGCUGGAGGAGCCUUCGAACCUUUGACGUUCUUUCAACAGCCUCAAACUAUCCUUCGGCUUGUGUGCUGGCUCUUCUCCAUCGUGAUCUUUGGCUGUAUAGCCAACGAGGGCUAUGUGAACCGGCCUGACGAGAUUGAGGAGUUCUGCAUCUUCAACAGGAACCAGAAUGCCUGUAACUACGCCGUGGGGAUGGGCACCCUGGCUUUCCUAAGUUGUGCUGCCUUCCUGGCCCUGGAUGUCUACUUCCCCCAGAUCAGCAGCGUCAAGGACCGCAAGAAGGCUGUGCUUGCUGACAUCGGCGUGUCUGCAUUCUGGUCAUUUGUCUGGUUUGUGGGGUUCUGUUUCCUGGCCAACCAGUGGCAGGUUGCCAAGGAGGAGGACAACCCUUUAAGGGAGGGCGCGGACGCAGCCCGAGCCGCCAUUACCUUCGCCUUCUUCUCCAUCUUCACCUGGGCGGUGCAGGCCUUCCUGGGCUUUCAGAAGUACAAGCUGGGGGCUGACUCGGCCCUCUUCUCCCAGGAGUAUGUUGACCCUACCGCCGACCCCAACGCUGCGGCCCCCAUGGGCACUGACUACACGGGCUACACCGCCGACACUGACCCCACGGCCAGCACAGAGCUAGCCUUUGACGGCUCCACUGGCUACCAGGGCCAGGAGUACUGAGCCAGAGGGCCAAGGGAGUAGAAGGCCCAGGGAGGGGUAUUCAGCAUUAGGGGUGGUUUAAGGGGACAUGUUUGUGGUUUAUGGGACAUGGGGUGGCUUUAAAAGUAGCCAAGUCCCAGAUCUGUUUGUGUUAGGUGUGAUAAUGAAAUACAGAGCCUUCAGAAACUAUUCAAACCCUUUGUCUUUUUCCACAUUUUGUUGUGUUACAGCCUAAAUUUCAAAUUGAUUAAAUUGAGAUUGUGUCACUGGCUGACACACAAUAGCCCAUAAUGUCAAAGUAGAAUUAUGUUUUUAGAAAUGUUUACAUAUUUAAAAAGAAAAAGAAGAAUAAUUAAAGCUGAAAUGUCUUGAGUCAAUAUGUAUUCAACCAUUUUUUUUUUUAUGGCAAGCCUAAAUAAGUUCAGGAGUAAAAAUUUGCUUAGUUUGAGCAUGGGGAAGUUAUUGAUUAGACUUUGCAUGUUGUAUCAAUACACCCAGUCACUUCAAAGACACAGGCAUCCUCCUAACUCAAGGAAUGCACUCAGAGAUUUCACCACGAGGCCGAUGGUGACUUUAAAACAGUUAGAGUUUAAUGGCAGUGAUAGGGGAGAACUGAGAAUGGAUCAACAACAUUGUAGUCACUCUAUAAUACUAACCUAAAUGAUAGAGUGAAAAGGAGGCCUGUAUAGAAUUAAAAUAUUCCUGUUUGAAAUAAGGCACUAAAGUAAAACCUGCAAAAAAUGUGACAAAGAAAUUAACUUUAUGUCCUGAAUAGAAAGUGUUAUGUUUGGGGUAAAUCCAACACAAAAUAGCACUGACCACCACAUUUCAUAUUUUCAAGCAUGGUGGUGUCUGCAACAUGUUAUGGGUAUGCUUGUCAUCGGCAAGGACUAGGGAUUUUCUUUAUUUUUUGAUAAAAAUAAAUGGAAUAGAGCUAAGCACAGGCAAAAUAUUAGAGGAAAACCUGGUUCAGUCUGCUUUCCAACAUACACUGGGAGACAAAUUCACCUUUCAGCAGGAAAGUUACGAGGGCAAAUAUACACUGGUGUUGCUUACCAAGACGGCAUUGAAUGUUCCUUAAUGGCCUAGUUACAAUUUUGACUUAAAUCAACUUGAAAAUCUAUGACAAGACUGGAAAAGGCUGUCUAGCAAUGAUCAACAACCAACUGGACAGAGCUUGAAGAAUUUAAAAAAGAAUAAUGUGCAAAUAUUGUACAAUUAAGGUGUGCAAAGCUCUUAAAGACUCAUAGCUGUACUCGCUGCCAAAGGAUCUAUCAUGUAUUGACUCAGGGGAGUAAGUACUUAGGUAAAUGAGAUAUUUCUGUAUUUAAUUUUCAAUACAUUUCCUAAACUUUUUAAAAACAUGUUUUAACGUUGUCAUUAGAAGGUACAUUAUUUAAUCCAUUUUGAAUUCAGGCUGUAACACAACGAAAUGUGGAAUAAAUCGAGUGCUAUGAAUACUUUCUGAAGGCAAUGUAGGAGUUGGCAAUAUGGCACUAACAGAUCUGAGACUUGAAUACCUGACAGGGACUUUGGGUGGCUAACGGGGUGGAACAGGAUCAAGGGUUGGCAAUCACUGUGUGUGAGUGAGUGCUACAACAUUUUGGGGGGGUGCAGUUUUGGUUGGCCACCUCCAUGGGAUCAGACAGAGUUCUAACCAGAAGUGGGGUUAUUGUCUGCAGCCUUAAUUCACUUGUGUGUGUCCCAAUUGUCCACCCUUCUCCCAAAGUGUGUACUAUCAUACUCCCCAUCAUGGAUAAAAUGGGAUUGGUGUAAGCAUUGGCUGGAAGGAGUUUCCACCAACCCUUGAUGGGGAGUGCGCAAGUGCUCACUUUUUGAGAGAGGUGGAGAAUUGGGAUGCAGUCUUGGAACUCACACACCAAUACUCCCACAAUAUAUCAACACAAAUUAAAGAAGGAACCUUAGGAAUACAAUUGAUGUGCAUAACUACUUUCUGGAAAACAUAAAGGGACCAGAUAGUCGCCUGAUGAUAUAGGUGAUGAGACCUGAACAACACAAGUCCUACGUAACACCACUGUGUUUUGUGGGCCUCAACACUGUGGCCCGGUCAUUGCACAAUGACCUAGGACCUGCUUGCCAUAUCUUUUCUGACAGUUUAGCUUUCUUUGUUUGGUGUCUACUAUUGGUCAUGGAGGACUGCAUUGAUUAAUGUUUUCUGCCUAUCUAUGCCAAGUUAACACCCAAGCCAAACCUACUGUUAACAGUGCUAAAUCUGAAAGGUUAUCCCAUCAUACAGGCCAAAGGACAGGGUAUGACAUACAGGAACCGAACAACUAACAGUAAAGCACAACUAUAGACAAGCCACAAUUACACAUAUUGAGCCGUUACAGAUGUGUAACCAAAUUCUAUAAUGAUGACGUGUAAGCACCAAUAAAGAAGACCAACGUACAUAACCAACUUAAAAGCCAAGUCCUUUUCUGCCAAUAACCAACCCCCAUGCACCAACGUUGACAGCCAACCAAAAUGUGACCAACACUGGCUUGACACUAGUAACUGACCUAGAGUAUGUCCUUAAAAUCAAAGUGAGAAUGUCCAUUGUAUACUCCUGUCCUCUCUCCUCACCUUCUCAAAACCUAUUGGAGGAGAAAGUCAGAGGGGUGGGAUCUCUCAUUUGACUUCACUAGAAUACCAGCAAUUGAUUUCAGACAGACCAGUGCUUGUUAUCUCUUCUUUCAUGCCAACAGCUGAAGACUUUAGUGAUUUCUUUCCAAAUGUUCGUAAUGAUCCAUGUAUGUGUGACUGAGUGUUUUUUUUUCAAGGCAAAACAUGCGCAAGAAUUGUAUAUACAUAAAAAUAUAUAUAUGUUUGAGAUUUUUAAGUAUAUAUACAGUACCAGUCCAAAGUUUGGACACACCUACUCAUUCAAGCACUUUUCUUUAUUUUUACUAUUUUCUGCAUUGUGGAAUAAUAGCGAAGACAUCAAAACUAUGAAAUAACACAUGGAAUCAUGUAACCAAAAAAGUGUUAAACAAAUCAAAAUAUAUUUUAUAUUUGAGAUUCUUCAAAGUAGCCACCCUUUGCCUUGAUGACAGCUUUGCACACUCUUGGCAUUCUCUCAACCAGCUUCGUGAGAUAGUCACCUGGAAUGCGUUUCCAACAGUCUUGAAGUAGUUCCCACAUAUGCUGAGCACUUGUGGUUGCUUUUCCUUCACUCUGCAGUCCAACUAAUCCCAAACCAUCUCACUUGGGUUGAGGUCGGGUGAUUAUGGAGGCCAGGUCAUCUGAUGCAGCACUCCAUCACUCUCCUUUUUGGUCAAAUAACCCUUACACAGCCUGGAGGUGUGUUGGGUCAUUGUCUUGUUGAAAAACAAAUGAUAGUCCCACUAAGCGCAAACCUGGUGGAAUGGAGUAUUGCUGCCGAAUGCUGUGGUAGCCAUGCUGGUUAAGUGUGCCUUGAAUUCUAAAUAAAUAACUGACAGUGUCACUAGCAAGCACUCCCACACCAUCACACCUCCUCCUCCGUACUUCAUGGGAACCACACGUUCACCUACUCGUCGUCUCACAAAUCCAUGGCGGUUGGAACCAAAAAUCUCAAAUUUGGACUCAUCAGACCAAAGGACAGAUUUCCACCGGUCUAAUGUCCAUUGUUUGUGUUACUUGGCCAAAGCAAGCCUCUUCUUAUUAUUGGUUUCCUUUAGUAGUGGUUUCUUUGCAGCAAUUUGACCAUGAAGGCCUGAUUUUCAAGCAGUCUCCUCUAAACAGUUGAUGUUAAGAUGUGUCUGUUACUUGAUCUCUGUGAAGUAUUUUUUGGGCUGCAAUUUCUGAGGCUGGUAACUGUAAUAAACUUAUCAUUUGCAGCAGAGGUAACUCUGGGUCUUCCCUUCCUGUGGCGGUCCUCAUGAGAGCAAGUUUCAUCAUAGCGCUUGAUGGUUUUUGCGACUGCACUUUGAAGAAAGUUUCAGAGUUCUUGAAAUGUUUCGGAUUGACUGACCUUCAUGUCUUAAAGUAAUUUGAGCUGUUCUUGCUAUAUGCUAUAUGGACUUGGUCUUUUACCAAAUAGGGCUAUCUUCUGUAUACCACACCUACCUUGUCAAAACACAACUGAUUGGCUCAAACGCAUUAAGAAGGAAAUAAAUUCCACAAAGUAACUUUUAACAAAGCACACCUGUUAUAUGAAAUGUAUUCCAGGUGACUACCUCAUGAAGCUGGUUGAGAGAAUGCCAAGAGUGUGCAAAGCUGUCAUCAAGGCAAAGGGUGGCUACUUUGACGAAUCUCAAAUAUAAAAUAUAUUUUGAUUUUGGUUACUACAUGAUUGUGUUAUUUCAUAGUUUUGAUGUCUUCAUUAUUACUCUACAAUGUAGAAAAUAGUAACAAAUUAAGAAAAACCCUUGAAUGAGUAGGCAUGUCCAAACAUUUGACUGGUAAUGCAUAUACUACAGAUAUUAUGAAAAAAAACAGGACAUUUUUAUUUUGUGGCAUACAUAAAAAGUGUAAUUAUAUAUGUAUGAAAUAACAUUUUUAAUACAUUAUUAUUAACCAGAUAUUACUAUGUUAUAAACUUAGAUAAUAUAUUGUACCUAUUGUUAAAAUAGCAUAUGUCUAUAUGUAUUAAUGCAUUUAAAGUGUAUGUGUUUCAAAAAUAACUGACAUCUUCGGCUUUCAUUAUGUGAGGUACGGUAUUGUUUUCUGAAUCAGGAAACAUUUUCUUUGUCUGCUGUUUUACUGUUGCAAACCUUUCUGGGGCGAAACAUUUAGGUGAAACUUUGUUUGGAUAGUCCGAAGUAGAUGGGUUGUAGAUGGUCAGUAGAUGUUCAGUAACUGUCAACAACAUUUCAACUAACUAUUCACUAACCCUAAUCUUAACCCUUAUUCUAAACGUAACCCUAACUGUAACCUUAGCAGACAUUUGCUUAUCAACAGCUACUUAGUUGAUAUUAUAACCAUCUGUAGUUCAUCUAUAUGGGACUAUACAAAUAAAGUGUGACCAACAAUUAUAAAGAUAAACUGGGAUAACGGGACAAAACUACCAAUUAUAUAGACAUUGUGUAAGAAUUAUGUGGUCUUUGUGUGCUACUACAGAGUUGGGAAAAAAAAAAAUAGUUGUAAUGCUUUUGAUGUAAUGAUUUUUGAUUAAAUUAAUCAGAUAAUUAAUUAGGGAUACAUUUAAAUAACUGUUUCCUGUUUGUUGCUUGUUUGUGAAAGAUCUGAUGUAGAUGUGGUGGACUUUGUCGGGAGACGAUCAAUAAAGGAAAAGCUGUGGUAUGGUUGAA